GAUGAGUGAUGAGUUGCAGCUAUCUGAGCAAAGCCAUGUGAAAGUAGGCCCUCUCAGCUUCCCCAGCAGCCAGUUUCCUGACAUCACUCCCACCAGUUUCUCUCUGAUUAUCUGUAUAAAUACAAACACCAGAGAAGCCUAAAGCCUUCAAACUCCAAAGAACUCAGCUGCCACAAGCUUCAACAAGCUCUAUAUAUCAAUCAAACACUUCAAUCUAGUCAUGGGUAUUAUACGUGUGCCAUCGAUGAUUGCCAAUGCCAAGCAACUUCUCAAACUUCAGACCAGAAACCAGUCGGAUGUUCCCAGAGGCCACAUUGCAGUCUAUGUGGGAGAGGUCCAAAGAAAGAGGUUUGUGGUUCCAAUAUCUGUCCUGAACCAUCCUUCAUUCCAAAACCUGCUUAGCCGAGCUGAGGAAGAGUUCGGAUUCAACCAUCCAAUGGGUGGUCUAACAAUUCCCUGCAAAGAAGACGCCUUCAUCGAUCUCAUGACUUCUCAACUGCAGCAUGCCUCGUGAAGAAAUGGAGAACACAUAGCAGUAGCACUACUUCACAAUUUUGAUAACUUCUAGUAAACUACAAAAUGUAAAUGAGUGGACAGGGCAAGAGUAAAUUGCUCUCCCGGCCCAGAAAUGAAAUUCUUGUGUUUGAAA